UGAACAGGAAGCGCUUUACGACACGGAACUAAAACACCACGCGAGAACUGCAUUAGCCGCUAACUGCUUGCUCAAUACCCAAUACCCGGUCGACUGUAACAAACCGUUUCCGUACUGUACGUCUGACAACUAUGCAAAAUGUCCUUGAAUUGUGCGUUUUAUAAUACAUUAUGUAGAAGUGUGACAGGACUGUCUUCAAAUCGGACUGUUUCAUUGGCGCAAGUCGUAUCUUUCCGCAGUAGCAUAUCGCAGAGGACAACUCAUAGCAACAAUACACACCUCAUUACAAGGAAGCUGGUGCGUAAUGGUGAAGAGAAGAAGGCCGUGAUUUGUAUUGAGGGCAACAUUGCUAGUGGAAAGACCACAUGUCUGGAGUACUUCAGUAAAACCAACAACAUCGAGGUGCUGACGGAGCCUGUGUCCAAAUGGCGAAAUGUUCGAGGACACAAUCCCCUGGGGCUGAUGUACCAGGACCCUACACGAUGGGGCCUCACUCUACAGACCUACAUUCAGCUGACCAUGCUGGACAGACACCUGUCACCUACAUCGGCCCCUGUGAGGAUGAUGGAGAGGUCUAUCUACAGCGCUAAGAACAUUUUCGUGGAGAACCUCUUUAAAAGUGGGAAGAUGCCAGAGGUGGACUUUGCUGUUCUCAGUGAGUGGUUCGAUUGGAUUACACACAACAUCGCCAUACCAGUGGACCUCAUUGUGUACCUGCAGACAUCCCCGCAGACCUGCUUUGAGCGUCUAAAAGAUAGAUGCAGGGAGGAGGAGAAGGUCAUCCCUAUGGAAUAUCUUGAGGCCAUUCAUAAGCUGUAUGAAGAUUGGCUGAUCAACCAGACCACCUUCCCACUUCCUGCUCCAGUUCUGGUCAUCUCGGCAGACCACGACCGUCAGAAGAUGCUCCACCAGUUUGAGGAGAACCGGGAGAAAAUCCUGGCUGCCAGCCAUGUCUGAGGCUUUAACCAGAAGAAUCAGCCAAGCAAACAAAACACAUACAAAUCUUUCUAUCAGAUGGGUUUACAUUUACCAUUAUGAAUAAUCAUUGACUGCUGAAACAGAGACAUGGUUUUCUUAUGUGACGUAUAGAAAAUGUCUGUUACACUGUUUUUAAGAUGUCUAUCACAAUGAUCAAAGAUUUAGGCUCUUUGCUUUCUGUUUUAGGUGAGAGAUUUCAUGUUUCACACAGCUGUUUCUUACUGCACUUCAGUUGCAUCUAACAUUGACCAAAUUAGAUGUUUAUUUUAUUUGUAUUAUUUAUAUUUUAUUUCUACAGGGAAUUAUCUGUUCACUUUCUCUGACCAAAUUAGAUCAAGUCUUUGCUCCAGACAUAGGGUUACAUGUAGCCAUAGGUUAGUCAUGACCCCAUCAUGACCAGCACUUCUAUCCUGCUUUGCUGUGCACACAAACACCCCCUUUCUUUACACUUUAGAGAAUAAGAUUUGAUUUAUUUCUGAACAUUUUACCUUUUUUGGAGAUUGAAGCUUUCAAUGUUGUUUGUGAAUAAGCUUGCAGACCAAAAUACUGUCCUGUCUGCUUACCCUACAACCUUUUCAUACUGUUUGCUAUUGUUUUUAAUUAUUAAAAUAAUUAUUAGAAU